CAACAAAAAAAAAGAAAAUGGAAAAAAGAGAAUAUAUUUAUUUAUUUUCUCCAUUUUAACAAUUAUUAAUUUGGAAUUUAAAUUUUUAAUUCUUUCCUUGCCUUUUGCGCUUCUUUUAAAUGCGUUGGAGUUGUUGUGCCUCAUCCCAUUCUAUUUCUUCUUCUUGUUCUUCCUCUUCCGCUUCACUAAGUUCACAGGAAGAUGAAAAUUCAAGACAACAUAGCCCAAAUGCGUCACCUAGCAAUUUAAUUGCUUUGAAAGCUGUGGCCAACGGUGGAAAACGUCGUCAUCAUAAGAAAAAGAAAAAAGGGAACAAAGGGGAAAAUAAUGAUGGACUUGGGACUAAAUUGCGGACAUUGGCUGAAUCUUCUUCUACAAACACUUUUUCAACUGCCGUUAAACCUACCGAUAGCAUAAUCAGAAGACAGCCAGAAGGUAUUCUCAAGGGUACUCAUCAAAGGAUUGGUCGGCCGCCCGGUCGCGCCGUUCAAUAUGCAGAGGGCACAAAUUCAGGAAUUGACACAGCUGAAGGGCAACCAAUGCUUUCAUCACAAGGAACGACCGAUCCAGCUUCCUCCCCAACCUGUUCUUCCCCUUCCUCACCUCCAACAUCUUUCUCUUCUAAUGGCGAUCCUUCCUCUUUUAUGGCCAGACGCGCAUCUGCCACUCAAAUGGAACAAUACGGUCCUAUGUUGUUGAGACAUUGCAAAAGGGCUUUAUUGGUGCUUAAUUCUUUUUCAACUUCUGCUGGAAAUAUAUUUAAUAACAAACCAACGUGUUCCUCAAAUUCUAUUAAUGAUUGCCCUUUGUUUUGUAAUUUAAGGAAAGCUGGGUGGGAAAUAGAGAUUUGUACUUCACAAUCAGCUUUAGACGAAGUUCGUACUCGAAGGCCUGUCAUUAUUUUAUUGGAUGGAAUUACUCAUUGUGGUAGUAGACGUAGAGAAUAUUUUGCUAAUGAAUUGUUUAGAUUAUUAAAAGAAGCACUUGUAGAACAAUCAAAACAAUUACUAACAACAGAUGUGGAAGAUGUUCUUUUUGUUUGGUUAUUUGAUAAAUUACCUAAUGAGAGGAGAUUGCGGCAUAUGUCCAAACAAAGUGUUGUUACUAAUUAUUUAUUACGUUCUUCAACUGAUAUUUCCCUCUGUGAGCAAUUUUCCUGUCUGAGUUCUCGGCUUCGCGCUGUUCCAGCCCUUUUCACUGUUGUUGAGGAAGCACAGCAACCAAUAAAAAUUUGUGACGAACGUAACACUGUUCAAUACGUAAACAAAGCUUUCGAAAUGCUUACGGGUAGAAAUCGAGCUGUUUUGUUGGGGUCUGAUGGUUCUAAUGAAUUUGGGGGAGGAGCUCAAAGAAACCAUCAUCAUAGAGAACAACAACUACUUCCCAAUCAUAUAGCAACAGCUACAAUAACGGCAAGUGCCACAGCAGCAGUAGCCCCCUCCUCUAUAUCUUGGAGUACUUCACUUCCCCCUCCUCAUCCCCCUCACCUUCCCACACAUCCCCCUCCUGUAAUGACGGUUACAGGAACACCUCCAAUAGCUAGAGCAGAAAGUAUUUGUGAGGAAAUUUUGGAAAGAAAUACAAAUAGUCCAACAUUUCCUUUAAAUGCUACGAGAAGAAGAUCAUCAGAUUGGCAAUGUAUUGCUGUACCUACAAGUUCGAAAAGCCAUCAUCAAUAUAUUUAUGUAAAGCGAGGAAGUGCUGAUGCUGCUUUCUUUCGUAAUGAAAAAGGCGGACGUUCUUCUAAUGCUGCACUUGUUGAUGCGCCUAUUACUGAGGCAUUAAAUGCUUUAGCGAGUAUAUUCCACCGUUGUGAUGAAGAAACUCAAAUACAAUUACGAGAAGCAAUGCGUAUUCUUUCUUCUUCAGAACUUUAUACUCCAACAAUUACUCGUUUUAGAGAAAAUGAUAGAAUAGCUAGUGGAUACUAUGAUGGAUUAAUUAGGUUACACCAUCCAACUCGCCAACGUAAACGUUCUGUAGUAGAAGCAUAUCGUGACCAUCAACAACGUAGAGCAUCUAGCGGUAGUUGUAUUAGUGGAUUAACAACAUUAGGAGUAGGGGGAGGAGGAGGAGGAACUUCUUUACAAGAACAAAAACAAAAUUUAAAACGUCUUCACAAAAAUGGAGAAGAAGAAAAGGAAGAAGAGGAGGAAGAAGAAGGAACAAAUAAUUUAUUAGAAAAUAUUAUUUUUAAACAAAAAGGGAGGAGAGUGUCAGCAGAAAUAUUUAAAGUUUUGGAGAAAGAACAUUGCUGGGAUUUUGAUGUUAUUGAAUUAGAAAGGGUUACAGAUUCACAUCCUCUGGCUAAUUUAGGGUUUAAAGUUUUUGAGAGAUGGAGUGUUUGUGAAGCUUUACAUUGCUCUUCUGAUGUAUUACAUAAAUGGUUAACAAUAAUCGAAGCUAAUUAUCAAUCUGGCAACGCUUAUCACAAUGCUACACACGCUGCUGAUGUAUUACAAGCAACUUCUUAUUUUCUUUCUUCUGAUCCAGUUGGUCAAUUAAUUCAAGAUAAUCAUGCAUUAGCAGCAUUAAUUGCAGCAACAGUUCAUGAUUUAGACCAUCCUGGGAGAGGAAAUGCUUUUUUAAUGAAUACUAGACAACGAUUAGCUAUUUUAUAUAAUGACCAUUCUAUUUUAGAAAAUCAUCACGUAGCAUUAGCCUUUCAAUUAACACUUUCUCAACCCGGCGUUAACAUUUUUGCCCAGAUGCCACGUGAUGAUUUUGUUCAAAUGCGUCAAUCAGUUAUUGAUAUGGUUUUGGCAACAGAUAUGAGUAGACAUUUUGAACAUUUGGCUAAAUUUCAACAAUUAAUGGCUAUACUUCCUGGAAAUGCUGAAGAAGAAGCAGAACAGGAAGAAGAGGAGGAUAGGGAUACAAAUUCAAUGAUUAUUUGUAGAAUGAUGGUUAAAUGUGCGGAUAUUGCCAAUCCAACACGAGAAUGGAGAUUAUGUCAUGAAUGGGCUUUACGUAUUGUACAAGAAUAUUUUGAUCAAACAGCAGAGGAAGUUGAAAGAAAAUUACCUGUUACAAUGAAAGGAUUUGAUAGAGAAACUUGUAAUGUUCCUUUGACACAGUGUACAUUUGUUGAUAUGUUUGCCAGAGAAACAUUUACUGGAUGGUGCGAAUUUGCUGCCUUACCUCACUUGUUAACUCGUUUAGAGGAAAAUUAUGAAAGAUGGAAAACACAAGCUUCUGAUUGGGAACCACAACGAAAUAACGAUAAUGCUAAUUUACUUGCUUUGAGAGAAAAGCAAUGGAGAAGAAUAAGUAGUGGGUUUCCCUAAUCGAGAUGGGGAUUUGAUAGAGUCAUGCCUUCUUUCAAAAUCCUUCGGACAUAAUUCAAAAUCUUCUCUGAUGGAAUUCCUUUUAACAUUUCCCCUCAACAAAAAAAAUUCACCCUCCACAAAUUUUACUUUUGUA